AUGGGCAGUAGCCGUCGAAACAUUGGCGUCCAGCCUGUCUUGGAUGGAAUCGUUGACUAUCUUCCUGAUCCAUGCCAACGACCUCCACCACUCUUAAUCGCCAAUACCCUGGCUCGAAUUCAAAACUCCUCAGCCAGUCAAGGUGAUCAGGUUCCACCUGCUCUCCUCACUUUCAAGAUUCUCUUUGACCCUCAACGUGGUCCCUUGUCGCUAUGCCGCGUUUACUCCGGUCAUGUUACUCCUGGCAUGCAGAUAAAAAACUGGACACGGUCUGACUUGGAUGCUUCUUCAAUUACUGAAAAGAUUGGAGGUCUUAUGCAAUUAACUGGUGAUGCAUAUGAGAACAUUGAACGCGCUGGUCCUGGUUGUAUUGUUGCACUGAGUGGUCUACAAUCAACGAGAACCGGAGAUAUUCUCGGUCCUGUUGUGACUGAAAGCGUGAAUAAAGCAGGAGAAGGAGAAGAUUUGAUGGAAGGUAAUUUGGAAAGUGAAUUUGUUCCUCAACCGGUUGUUCAUGCUGCCCUUGAACCACGAAGUAGCUUAGCAUUCAGGAAUUUGGAAAAAGCUCUGACCUGUAUGCAACGAGAAGAUCCUAGUUUUAAGGCGACCUUUGAUCCUGAGACAGGCCAGUGGGUGGUAGCAGGAAUGGGAGAUCUUCACCUGGAAGUAGUAUUGUCUCGACUACGACGGGAGUACAAGCUGGAAGUUAGUAUGGGCCCACUGCUAACCUCUCACAAAGAGAUGCCUCAGGCUGGGCACAAGUUUGUUUCGACUUCAAUUAACACUGGUUUGGUUGGCGGUCGACAAAGGACGAUAUUCGUGGAAUUGGAGGCCUUCUCAGACGGAUAUUUGUCAACGUCCAAUAAAACUCGCGUUUCCUUCGAGAAAGGUUGGAAUCUUGAAAAUCUCCAUGGUGGUAAAAACGAAGGUCCCCAAUCCUCAGCCAGUCACCACAAGGUGAUGGCCUGCGUGAGACAGGGCUGUGAAGUGGCAAUGGCAACUGGGGGACCCCUUAUUCGUUCACGAGUUCUCGGAGUGGGAGUGCGUGUUCUCCGCGUUGGUCAACUCUCAUCAACCACCUCAACCAGUGAUGACGGUCUGACAAGACUUCAGGUGCCUAUGUCCUCUCAGAGCUUCGCUUCGUUUGCGGCACUUCUGCGCUCAACUGUUAUCAAAUCGGUUAAAGACGCGUUGGAUGGACUCAAGGAAUGGAAGAUCUUUGAACCUUUCAUGGCUGUUGAGAUUCAACUACCUCUGGAUGCCAGUGAGACAGUUUGA